UGUAAAGACCUGCCCACCUGUCAUAUUUUAUGCGUUGAACGCCUGGAAAUUUUGCAGUAGUGAAAGCCGUGGCGGUGGGGUCUGUGAUGGCCUGGAGCUGUGAGUUACCCCCAGAGCUUGUCUGCCGCCCCACGGGACUGGUCGUCCUGACAGGUCUAGACGUCACCUAUAACGCCAUCCACAAAUCCAUCUGGGACUCAUUCUACAACAACCGACGCCCAGACCGCGUUCCGCUCCAGUUCCAAGUCUGUGAUGGUGACCAUGAGUACCCAAAGUGUAGGACUAAGAGAACGUCCUAUGAAUGGUACAUUCCUAAGGGCAUCCUAAAAACAUCCUGGAUGAACAAACACCUGACACAGGUACCUGCUGUUGUUGUUGUCUUCUUUGACCUGGACUGGGAUGAGACCAUGUGGAAGGAGAGGCAGAUGGAAUGUGCCACGCGCAUAGAGAUCGUACGGAACAGUCUCCAUGGGCGUGGCACACGUGUUGCCGUGGUUCUCAUACAGAAGAAUGCCCCUCUUCCUCCAGGUGAGGAUGUAAUGGCCGCCGAGAGAGCUGCCUCUUUCUGCAGUGCCUGUGACCUAUCAGCGAAGUCCUUGUUUGUCCUGCCUCAUACGGAUCAUUUGAUUGGAUACACCAUUCGGCUGGAGAAUGCAUUUUAUGAACUGGCACAGGGCUAUUACCACUCUGAGGCUCGCAAAGUCAAAGCUCACAAGGACUUCCUCAACAAGACCAACCAUCAGUUACUGUUUGUGCGUCAUCAGUUUAAGGUGGCCUUCUUCAGCGAGCUGAAGCAAGACACACACACAGCUAUCAAACAUUAUAAACAAGCCUAUGGGCACAUCUUGGAGUUGAGAAUGCACGACAACAACUUGCUGGAGAUUAAAACAAUAGCUGGCUUCAUUAAUUACAAGAUAUGUCGUUUAUCCUUCCAACACAACGCUCCGCUAGAUGCCAUCGCCCAGUUCCGUAAACACAUAGAUUUCUUCAAGAACAAAACUGGUACCCCGGAACUGGCGUUUGAGCACAGUGCUUGGAUGUCCAAACAAUUUCAGGUAUUUGGGGAUUUGUUUGACGAAGCCAUCAAGCUGGGGCUGACUGCUAUCCAGACACAACAUCCUGGCUUCUACUACCAACAGGCUGGGAAUCACGCUAUAGCCCGCAAACAGCUGUGUAGAGGGUUAUGCCAUCCACUGACUAAGCCCCUCUCUCCGGACCCUCUGGAAAACCUGAACAACCUGGAUUAUUAUGGACAGAGGCCUUGGCGACAAGGACAUCAAAGUAUUGAGCCUCCGGACUCCCAGACUGAGAGGGAUGGUGUGUUAGCUCUGCAGCAUCUAGAGACACAGGUCGACCAUUCUUGGCUGAUCAUCCCCCUCCUUAGCAGUGCUGUGGCUCAGUUCAAGAAGUACAAGUCUGCUCGCAUGAAGAGAUACCUCAUGGUGCAGAUGGGGGAGGAGUAUUAUCAUGCAAGAGACUACACCAAGGCCCUCACCCUACUGGGUAAGGUGACAUGGGACUAUCGUCAGGAGCGAUGGUGGCUUCUUCUCACCUCCAUCCUGGAAGUCUCCCUCAAGUGUGCGUAUCUCAUCGCUAAGGUCCAGGACUAUGUCACAGUCUGCCUGGAGCUCAUUGGGCAAUACUCAACCUGUGCUGUGGAGGAGAAGACUCGGGUGCAGAUGAACCUAAUCAGAGUGAUGUCUGGGGCGACCCCUGAGCCAGAGCCUGGUCUGGAGGCUGGCUGUGUGGAGGCAGCUCGUAGUGCCUGGGGGGCACAGACCAAUAAGCAGGACCUAUUCUCUGUGGACAUGCAGAACAUUAUCCCAUUUGUUGAGUGUAAGUCAAGAUUUACAGCGGAAUCAUUUGCUGCGGAUGGAGAGAUCAGUAUUGAGGUGUAUCUGAGGACCAGUUGUCAGUUUCCUCUGCGAUUUGCCAGGCUCUCUGUCAACUUUAACAACCAGCUGUAUAACCAGUACUGUGUGGUGACGGAUGGUCAGGGCAUCUCUGCGGCCUCUGAGGGGGAGGGUGGGAGUGCUGACCUCUACCUGAUCCCCGGCCAAACUAAGCUGUACACAUUCACCUUCCUCCCCGUGAAGGAGGAUGUCGGUGGACAAGUGGAGAUAGUAGCCGUUGCGUUGGAGUUAGGCUCGGAGUCGCACAGACGGGCAGUGUUACGCUGGCAGGGGGCGGGAGGAGAGUCUGUGACAUCAUACAUUGCCCAGCCCCACCCAUCACCCAAGAACAACAGCCAGGCCCUGCCCAGCUGGGAGGUGAUCAAACCCUCAUCUCUGGCCAGAAUUGUCCCAAGAGGAUCCAAGAUGUUGGUGGAGUUAAAACACCAGGCCCCAAGUUUGCUGAAUGAGUUCUACCCAGUGCAAGUGGUUCUCACCAAUCAGGAAACCCUCUCUAUUUCUGAUAUCAGGUUGACUUUUGGAGUUCUUGAAAGCACAGACAGUGCUAUUGAUCAGACAACUCACAUAUGUGAAGACUCUGCUGAUUUUGAUGGGACUGUGGUAUCCAGGAGAUGUGGACUCUCCCUAGGAGCCUUACAACCUGGGGAACAGACCUCCAAAUGGUUUUACCUGAAGUGUUUACAGACAGGUGUGAGGAAUGUGGAGGUCAAGGUGGUGUACAAUGUUGAGGUCUCUCCCCGAGGUCAGGCUCUGUCCUGUAGCUGUUUCACAGAAGAGAACAUCUCACUGUCUACCGUGGUCCCAUUUGAACUCAGCGUCAAGCUAAUGUCUGUCAAGUUUGAGAAUAUUGAAGUGGUUCAUUCAAAUGAAGCCUUCUUAGCAAUACCUGAAAUUAGGUGCACAUCACCAUGGCAACUAGAAAUGGGUGAAAGCCAGCUAUCAGUGCCUGACCAAGUUGUUAUUGAGAGUUUCCAGUCACAAGUCAAGGGAGUGAGCCUGAAGAAGUCAGAGUGUGCGGCUGAGUGCAUCUGCUUGUCUGUGAGUGACACGCUCCAUGCUUCAGUGAACCUGGGGUCUCUGACCUUGCACUGGAAAAGGCAUUCAGCAGGUGAUGAAAUUCCUUUGGUCAGCACGACCUUGCCGUUGCCCACGGUAACCAUAGAGCACAUUCCCAUCAGCGUGAAUUGCGACGUUCCGGCAUUUGGCAGCGUCAAAUCUCUCCUACCCCUGGGGUACUGCGUGGAGAAUCGUACAGCGUUUCUACAGGACGUGGAGAUUACACUGGAACCGAAUGACAACUUUAUGUUUGCUGGUAACAAACAGGUUCAUUUCAGAGUUCUUCCAAACAGCACUUAUUCACUGACCUACAACCUUUACCCUUUGACCCCUGGUCAUGUGACAUUACCCAGACUGCAUGUGAACAUGUCUCGUUUUCCUGGCUCCAUGGAUGAUGUCAUACUGAAAAUGUUACCUUCCCACAUAUUCAUCAAGCCCAGAGCCAAAGAACCAGCUUUGACAGCCUGAACACUUUGAUAUCGGAGACAGCCUGGAAAACAAAUCUAAAACAAGGAAGGAGUGACUGGCCAUUUUUCUUUCAGUGCAGAAGGAGAACUGGCAAAAUAAAAAGCAUGUGCUUUGCCCAGUUUAGUAGCUUUUGCAAUGAUAUGCAUUUUACAUUUAUCUUCUUACAUUUGGUGCA